CCAGCCUCAGAGAGCCAGCCGCUGGUCCACCCGGCCACAGAGGGGAGUCGAGAGCUCUGCUGGGAGCUACAUGGUGCUCAGUUUUUCAAGAUGUCGUCGCUGGAGCAGAGGCUGUCGCGGAUCGAGGAGAAACUAAAGCAGGAAAAUGAAGAAGCUCGCCGGAGAAUCGACCUCAACAUCGACAUGAGUCCACAGCGAUCACGCCCGAGGCCCACCCUCCAGCUGCCACUGGCCAACGAUGGAGGCAGCCGAUCAUCGUCUACAGAGAGCUCGCCUCAGCACCACCCCUACCCCAGCCGCCCGCGACACAUGCUCACCCUGCCCACACCUCCGUACGGCCUGCAGAAGAGCUUAGAGAAUGCAGAGAUUGACCAGAAACUGCAGGAGAUCAUGAAACAGACGGGUUACCUGAAGAUCGAUGGUCAGCGGUAUCCAGCCGAGGUGACGGACCUGAUCAGCGAGGGGGAGAUCGGCAGCGGAACCUGUGGGCAGGUCUUCAAAGUGCGAUUCAAGAAGACCGGCCAUGUCAUUGCUGUCAAACAAAUGCGCCGCACAGGAAACAAGGAUGAGAACAAGAGGAUCCUGAUGGACCUGGACGUGGUGCUGAAGAGUCAUGACUGCCCGUACAUCAUCCAGUGCUACGGCGCCAUAGUUACCAGCACAGAUGUAUUCAUCGCCAUGGAGCUGAUGGGAACCUGUGCUGAGAAGCUGAAGAAGAGAAUCCAGGGCCCCAUCCCAGAGCGAAUCCUUGGAAAGAUGACCGUGGCAAUAGUGAAGGCGUUGCUGUACCUGAAAGAGAAACACGGUGUCAUCCACCGGGACGUCAAACCCUCCAACAUCCUCCUGGAUGCGAAAGGUCAGAUCAAACUGUGCGACUUCGGCAUCAGCGGACGCCUCGUCGACUCCAAGGCCAAGACCCGCAGCGCCGGCUGUGCUGCCUACAUGGCGCCUGAGAGAAUAGACCCUCCGGAUCCCACCAAACCUGACUAUGACAUCCGAGCAGACGUGUGGAGCCUUGGCAUCUCUCUGGUGGAGCUGGCCACGGGACAGUUUCCCUACAAGAACUGCAAGACAGACUUUGAGGUUCUGACCAAAGUGCUGCAGGAAGAUCCUCCUCUGCUGCCUCUCGGCAUGGGCUUCUCCCUCGACUUCCAGUCCUUCGUCAAAGACUGCCUCACAAAGGAUCACAGAAAAAGGCCAAAAUACCACCAGCUGCUGGAGCAUAGUUUCAUUCGGCGGUACGAGGUGCUGGACGUAGACGUGGCCGGUUGGUUCCAGGCGGUGAUGGAUCGCACCGAGUCGCCUCGCAGCAGCCAGUGUUACAGCCAUCAGCACCAGCUCCACUCGCUCUUCAGUAGGUAGCCUAGCUCAGCCCAUCGCUAGCUUAGCCAGACGCUAGUCUUUGCCAAGCCCAGAGUCAGUCUGUCCUCGUCUAGCCUAGCGUCGGCAGCUAAGCCUUGCGUUCGCUCCGGCCCGCCUGUCCAUCUGUCCACGGAUAGUCCUGAAGAGCCCAGAGAGGAGAGGACUGAUGGAUGGAUGGCGCUGGUGGUUCUGUUAAUCAGUGUGUUGAAUCUGGACAGACAGACAAGGGGGGGGGAGAGGAGAAGAUGCACACUGUAGUUAGCUUCAUUAGUUUUUACACGUCUCAUGUCACGCACAAACUGUGUAUCUCGUAUGCGUUUCCACAUUUCAUCCACCCAUCACUCGUUUGUCUCCCACAUUUCUGUCUCAAGCAUUGAUCCAAGCCGUUGGAUUAGUCAACAGAGUAGUCACUACACACUGGAACAAAGCAUCGGCUACUUCAGCCAACAUGAAUCUGUCUUGUACAUAAACGUUGAGGAGGACACAACAAUGUCCGGUGCAGUUAUGCUUCUUCAGGUGUUUCUACUAUCACACAUUCUCAGGCUGAAUCUGUGUGCGUGCGUGCGUGCGUGUAGGGAUAAAUAUCAAGACAGUCACUGGUUGUUUUUAAUAAGUGAGCUUAUCUUUCCUAGCUGUUUAUUCACCUUCACACUACACCCGUUACACACACACACACACACCUUUAUGUAUUAAUCUAUUGGCUGUGCGUCAUUUUUAACAUGCAAGGGUAGUAACUCAUUAACUUUGAAAUUAAAUGUGUUUAAAAUACCAUCAAUGUAUUUAGCAGCUGCAAUUGGGAAAAACCGGAUGAAAAAGACUUACAAAAAAAUGAGUGUUGUAUUCUAGCUUUGUAGAAAAAGAGGCGUUUAUGGUUUUGUUUUUGUUUUGAGACGUAGAUAUACUAAAAGAGAUGGAGGGAUACUAAGAAGAGAAAAAAGGUGCGUUAGAAAGGAGGAGACUCUUUCUAGCAGUGUGAGAGAAAAGCAGAGAAAGUAAGAAGAAGGAGGAGUCGUACUCCCGUUGAUGAACAUUUGGAAAUUCGAGGAUCCGUUAAUAGUGAGCUAAAAAUGGGAGCAGAAUGUUUGUUUUUCCUUGAAGGCAGAGAACGGGAGCUUAUCUUGUACAAAGAAUAUACAUGGAGUAGAUCUUACUGCCUGUGGAGCUUUUCUUCUCUGUGUAGAGAUGUAGACCUGCUUCAGACAUCGAGAAACAGUCCUAAAGCACGUGUUGGUGUUUUCAGAACCUAGAGCGGGGGUCUCAAACUACUACGUCAUGGGGUCUCAAACUACUACGUCAUGGGGUCUCAAACUACUACGUCAUGGGGUCUCAAACUACUACGUCAUGGGGUAUCACUACGUCAUGGGGUCUCACUACGUCAUGGGGUCUCAAACUACUACGUCAUGGGGUAUCACUACGUCAUGGGGUCUCACUACGUCAUGGGGUCUCAAACUACUACGUCAUGGGGUCUCACUACGUCAUGGGGUCUCACUACGUCAUGGGGUCUCAAACUACUACGUCAUGGGGUCAGAUCAAACGCAUGUUUUGAAUUCACUCUUUAAGUCUGCCUCUCAAAUCCGUCUGUUGUGUUUUUACCCUUUAUAGUCUAUUCGGCCUUUUGCAAAGUAAUUAUUCACUUUUUCCAGGGCUGCAAGUACCAAUCGCAAUACCCUCCCCCAAUCGUUAAUCAUCUCCUAAAUAUUUUUGUAAUUAAUCAUUCAGUUGGAAACAUUUUCAAGAGUCCAAGAGUUGGUGUCUUUUGUAAAAAAGAACUGCUGUCUUUUAAGACAAAGAAAAGCAGAAAAUCUUCAAUCUUCUAAAAUCAAUAAAUCUUUUCAAAAUGUAGCUCGAAUCUUAAUCGUUUGGUUUUAAUCAUGAAAUCGUAAGCAAUCGAGCACAGACGGUUUCAACAUUUUAUUGUUUUAAAUUUAGAGUUAAUAAGUGCGACAGUUUGCCCCCCCAACUGUGAGAACGAAGGAGCGUUAGCGUUGUGCAAAGAACUAGGAGAAAACCACCUGACCAGUCGCGUGACUUUUGAGACCCCCGAACUAGAGGACUAUUAAAAUACAACCUGAGUGCGUCCGGCAGCAUAAACCGGGCACACGAAACUGGCAAUGUGUUUUGAAGUCUCAGUCUCUGGAGACUGAGCAGAGUCCCGGUGCCAACACCUGCUAGAUGUGCAGACUCGAACCUCCCGCGCCCCGUCACGCACCAAAUCACUGGGAUGUGAGAAACGACGGAGAGAGGGAAACCGUUAAGUGUCACGAGAGCGAGAGAUUCAGGAAGGUUGUCGUGAUGGCAGAAAAGGAUGAGUGGAAGUGAGAGAAGGAGGGAGAGAGAGAGAGAGAGGUGGGGAGGAAGACAGGGAGGAUAAAGAGUGUGUUUGGAAGUUAAGGAAAAGUCUGGGACAAACCGGAGUUUGACGACAGGACGCGAGUGAGUGACCAAGGAGAGAGGAAACGAGGAAGGCAGCCCGAGUUUCACAGGACUGUGAAGCACGAGCGCUGAGGCCAGUUGGAUAUUUGUAAAAAGCUUUCAUGGUGUUGCACCGACCUACCAAUUACGAGUUUAGCGAGUGAGUUAGCGCGUUGUCUUUAUAAUGUUUACGGUUUCCGUUUGAACAAUGUUAUUUAUUUACAUUGCUACUGCUGCUACUUUGUAUUGCUUUAGACGCUGCUGUCACUUCUUUUUCCCCAAAGGACAAAUACUUUAUUCUUUUUUUUUUUCUUCAAAGCCAAAUAAGUGAAAAAUAAUGCAAUGUCGACAAUUGUUACCAAAUACAGAGAAAGUCUGAAGAGAGCAAAAGCAAGUGAGAGAUAGAUUAGAAGAGAGAGAGGGGAGUACAAGUACUAACAAACUAUAACCACGUGGCACCUCGUAUGGGCCUCUACGUACUGGAAGUAGUUCAUCGUUUAUAUAUGCUGACGUCACACUAAAUUGUAGUGUCGAUACGAUUGGAGGGGGAGUCUGUCUGUCCAGAUGCUUUUUGUCUCAACCAUCCUUCACUCCGUCCAUCCGUCAGUCCGUCUGUCCACAGGUCGCCUGCAAGCUUGACAACCUGGACAGUCAACACCAAAGGUGUCCACAACUCAACAGAAAUACGAAAGAGCGUUGUUGUUUUUGUUGUGACUAUUGUUAUUGACCUUUAUAAUUGAUUACUCUCAGCUACGAUAUAUAUAUGAAAUCUGUAUAGAUAGUGGGUGGGUGGGGCAGUGCUGUGUGAGUCAUUACUGUACAGUGGGAGACAAGACAGACAGGGAGGGGGAGGGGCCAAGCAAUACAACCAGCUGGCGCAUCCCUCUACUCAGUGAAUCCGCUUGUUAGGGGCCUGCAUCAGGAAGUAAGUCCACCUCCGCCCGGCUGUCUGUGGCCCAGAACACGAGCGGCAUGCUGUCUGUCACACAGCUGCCCAUCAACUGGCUCCGUUUCCCAAUCCGGCCAUGAGCGUGUUCAUGGGAAAGAGCUCCUGGUCACGAGUCAGGGAAGGUUAGUUUUUCCAUCGAGAUGAAACACAAUUAUCAUCACACAGCAGGAGUAGAAUGAGUAAGACUUAUAGUUGGGCUAAUGGUUAUCUAGGUCUUUACAAAAACAAGUCAGUGCAGUUAAAAAAAAAAAUACUUUCAUGUUUCAACUGUGUGUUGUUACUUUUCAGCCGACGCAUACACAGAUACUGAUACAUUUGCAAUAAGCCGGCAUCUGCCUGGUCAAUUUAUUGGUUUUGCGCUACCAAUUUUCCCUUUUAAAAAAAAAAUAAAUAACCUUGACGACCAUCGGGCUUACUUUUCAAGCUCGGGAAAGGGCAGAUCCCCUGCUUACCCCGGCUGAGCGUGAGCCACCACCCAGACAUCAACUUUUGGAGUUGAGUCCAAAGAUGGCUUUCUUCUUGAUGCAGGCCCCUGAGCAGGUGUGGCUCCGUUAGCUCACGCUCACUUGUGUCUGAACACACAGCGCGUGUGUGAGUGUGUCGUAAAACCCAUCUGUAAGUAAUCCAAAUAUCAUCUUCACUAUGCAGUCAUUCAAUCUACAUCAGUUUGCGUCGAUGGGGAUUUAAAAAAAAAAAAAAAGACGGAUAAACUGGAGUCGGUGUUUUCCUGUUCAAGCCCCACCCACUCCAGUGUGAUUAAACAUCAGCGAGUUCAGAGAAAAGAGAGAGAGCAGAUAUGUUUUGAAUGAGCUGACAAAUAUUUAAGGAUUGUAUUGGGGUUCGGGGAGGGACGCGGGGGUUUGUAGUUUUGGGGAGAUACAGAUCAAUGCUGUAAAGUAUAUCAAUUGCAUGUUAUUUGUCACCGUUGAAACUGCCAUUGUUUUUUUUCUGUUUGUUUUCUUCCAAGACAACGGUGGGGUGGGGAU